ACGUGGGUGCAGGGACCCAAGGACUUGGUUCAUCUUCUGCUGUUUUCCCAGGCCAUAGCAGAAAGCUGAAUUGGAAGAGGAGCAGCUGGGACUAGAACCGGCAACCAUAUGGGAUGUUGGCUCUUCAGGCCAGGGCUUUAACCCGCUGCACCACAGCGCCGGCUCCUGUGCAUAUACUUUCAUUAACACAUCUAGCAGAAUUUACCAAUCCUCCUGGCUCCAAAGAUAAGAGGCUCCUUGUGCCACGCCCCUGAUCUGCAGCUUUGGGAGGCCGGUGGACCUGGAGAAGGAUGAUUAUCAGAAGGUGGUGUGCAACAGCGAGCACUGCCCAUGCAGCACCUGGAUGCACCUGCAGUGCUUCUACGAGUGGGAGAGCAGCAUCCUGGUGCAGUUCAACUGCAUCGGCCGGGCCCGCAGCUGGAACGAGAAGCAGUGCCGCCAGAACAUGUGGACCAAGAAAGGCUAUGACCUGGCCUUCCGCUUCUGCUCCUGCCGCUGUGGCCAAGGCCACUUAAAGAAGGACACAGACUGGUACCAGGUGAAGAGGAUGCAAGAGGAGAAGAAGAAGAAGUCUGGCUCAGAGAAGAACACAGGGAGGCCACCAGGGGAGGCUGGGGAUGAGGCUAAAAAGUGCAGGCCCCCAAACAAGCCUCAGAAAGGCCUGAACCACGACCUCCCCCGGCGGCAUUCCAUGGACCGGCAGAACUCCCAGGAGAAAGCCAUGGGUGCCACGGCCUACGGUGCCCGCUCCCCUUGUGGCUCCCCUGGUCAGUCACCACCCACAGGCUAUUCCAUCCUCUCUCCCGCCCACUUCAGCGGCCCCCGCUCCUCGAGAUACCUUGGGGAGUUCUUAAAGAAUGCCAUCCAUCUCGAGCCUCACAAAAAGGCCAUGGCAGGGGGACACGUGUUCAGAAACACACACUUUGACUACAGUCCGGCUGGGUUGGCGAUUCACAGAGGGGGCCACUUCGACACGCCUGUGCAGUUCCUGCGGCGGCUGGACCUCUCUGAGCUCCUCGCUCACAUCCCCCGGCACAAGCUGAACACUUUCCACGUGCGGAUGGAAGACGAUGCCCAAGUAGGCCAGGGCGAGGAUCUGCGGAAGUUCAUUCUCGCGGCCCUCAGUGCCAGCCACAGAAAUGUCGUCAACUGUGCCCUGUGCCACCGGGCACUCCCGGUGUUCGAACAGUUCCCACUGGUGGAUGGGACUCUGUUCCUAAGCCCCUCGAGACAUGAUGAGAUAGAAUACGAUGUUCCUUGUCACCUUCAAGGGAGACUCAUGCACCUGUAUGCAGUGUGUGUGGACUGCCUGGAAGGAGUUCACAAGAUCAUCUGCAUCAAGUGUAAGUCGCGGUGGGACGGCAGCUGGCACCAGCUGGGCACCAUGUACACCUACGACAUCCUGGCGGCCUCUCCCUGCUGUCAGGCCCGCCUGAACUGCAAGCACUGUGGGAAGCCCGUGAUCGACGUGCGGAUCGGGAUGCAGUACUUCUCGGAGUACAGCAACGUCCAGCAGUGUCCACACUGUGGGAACCUGGACUACCAUUUCGUGAAGCCAUUUUCCUCUUUCAAAGUCCUUGAAGCUUAUUGAUGAAAGCUUUGCUUUAGUAGUAGCUAUUUUAUUGAUUUAUUACUUUAUUACAUAUCUUUUCUAGGGCGCCAUUCUGUGACAUCAGUUUUUUUUCUAAUUUGAGGGAGAGUUAACGUUGUGUAUGUGUGUCCCUGAAAUUGGGGCUGCCACUUGCCCUGUCUUGAUUCCAAGUGCUAUUGUGUGUUUGUGAACGGCGCACAGGUGGGCGAGCCUAUGAGUUCGGGUGGGGAUUCACUCACUGAGUCUCUGAUGCAGCUUUAUGGUGACGGGGAAGAUGGGAAAGAGUUAGGUAAGGGAUUAUGUGACUAAACUAAAAGCGUGGUGGGGGUGGGGAGGGAACUAUUAUUAAAAUGCUAACUUUCCUAAGAUCCACUGCUAAGUCUUCCCAGGGUCUUGGGAGCAGUCGGUAUGUGACAGGUGAGUGUCAGUCCAUGCCAGAGAGCUUGUGGUGUGAUAGCAUGUCUUGGGGCGUCCUGCAGCUGUCCUUGGGUGCAGUUUACUGCCACCCACAGAGGGUUCCAAAGUGGACACUCGAGCACUCUCUUCCACUGCUGUAAAUUAGAUUUUCUGUACUGAAAGCAAUAUCCAAAUUGUAAGACACAUGAAAGCUAUUGGUAUUGCAAGUGUUGUUGAGUAAGCUGACCUAUAACAGAACGCACUUGAAGUGAAUUUGCAAAUGAGGCACACUGAUUCAAGGGGGCACAAAAAUAGAAAUCGGUCGGUUGAAUUAUGUGUUUGAAGUUGGUCACAGAGCUUUUAAGGAGAACCCAUGAAUAGUAUGAUGUGGGUGGUGGUGAUUUACAGUUUGUUCUGUUGGAGUGCCAUUGGGGGGCAGAGCCUUCUCAUAGGUGAAUCUCACAACCGCACAGACACAGUCACUGCUGCCCUGCUCUUCCUCCAAAUUGCCCAUGGCCACAUUUAACCCUGACUUACACUGAGUUUCCAAGGGCCAACGUUUAACCUUAGAAGGGAAAGGAAGAAAAUUGUUUGAGAAAAUGCCAAAGGGGAUAAUAAUUUCAGUACUUCUUUUAAAAGUGUAUUUCAUUUUGGAAAAUCACUGAUUGUAAUGUGUAACACUAUAUUUAAAAACCAGAGCAUUCUAAUGGUCCCUAUGACACUUUACAGAUGUUGCUACAAAGAUGAUCCUAUGUAGAAUCUGAUUAGUCAGAGCAUGAAUUAAAAUUCAGCUUCUGUUCAUGAGAUCUUGGUGAUUGAAAUAGACUGGUACCCCACACCCUUAUAGGAUUGGAAUAGGAUUCCUCAAAAAUGAAUUUGCUAAUUUCAAGUAUGAUAUGUACAAGGGUCUUCCAAAAGUUUGUGGAAGUACAUGUUAGGAAAAUUUAUGUUUGGAAUUCAAAAUUUCUUUGUACCAAAAUAAACAUUUAAUUCCAUUUCCUGUGAACUUUUUGAAGUACCUUUAUAUGUGUUAAAAGAAUUCUGAGAAUAAUCAUUUUAUGGAUGAAAUUUAGAAUAGAUGUGAACCUUUUAUAUUUCUCAUUUGGUUCCUGCCAUUUUUUUUUUCUCAUUGUGGUUUUUCUUUUGAGAAGUGAUUAAGCAUUACUGCAAGUGAGUUUCAGUUCUCCUACACAAAAUGUUUAAUAUUUUGUUCGAAACAGCAUGGUACUGAACUACCGGUUCGUCAGAUAAUAUUCUUCAUCUUUCAGUUUGGAUGGUUGUUAUUUGGUUUGCUGCAUCUGGUUUGGUGUUUGUCAAUCUGAAAAAUAGUUUGCAGUGGGGGAAAUGCUCAAAAUGCCCAGGAGAAGCUGAAAAUCACCAUUGAUCUGACAGUGUCUGAUGCAGCUACCAGAAGUCACUGGAGUAUAUAACCCUUGCAAAUUUGUCUUUCAUCUACAAAUUUGCAAUUGUAAAUUAAUUGUUGGAUUAAUUAAUUCUCUUACCUACCCAAGUAUAAAAUUUGGUAAGUUAUUCUUAUCUUCAGAAUACCAUUUGGCUUUUAUUUCUGAGUUUAAAAUAACAAAAACAUUUGUAGUGCUGUUCUCUAACCUACUUAAAUUUUUGCAGUGAAACCUGCUUAUAUUGUUCUGAAGCUUCAAGUUGACCUAUACAUUGCAUUUCAGCAAAACCACUGUGGGCCUGGUGUGUGCUGCAUUCCAUAUUGUCUCCUUAGAUUGUUUUCUGCCCCUGAAAAAUAAGUAUGAUAAGGUCUCAUUAUAAUUGGGUAAAAUUAAUUUGAUGUUAAAUUAAUUUGAUGUUAAAGCUAGGAUUCUAUGGAUGUACAAGGCACUUGUAAAAGAGAUCUGAGUAUCAUACCUGAGAAUAUUGUUUGCCUGUAAGGCAUUAUCAAAGAGAAAAUCUGGAUGAUUUGAGAAUAAAUAUGAUUAAGUAUGCAGCACUGUAAAGGUAAAUCUUAUUUUAGAAAUCGGCUGACUGUAAUUCCUGUGGCGCUUGAUCAGAAUUGGAACGUGUCCAGGGGAUUCUUCCUGUGGCUGUGGUUAGGAUACUGAAGGAUAUCAGCCACCCAAGAGACCAGUUUCUGGAUUUCUGAUGACCAGCACUCAAUAACAUGAAGCAAUCAGAGAGCAACUAAGUGAUUUUUCGUCUACUCUAACUUUGUUUUUUUAUCAUUUAUUUUUAAGAGUUCUGUGCCUUGAACAAAUAAAAUUGCUUUAGUUUAGUGAGAAGACAAUUUUUGAUUGGUCGUUUUCAAGCCACCUCAGUUCUCCACUUUCUUCUGGCUGUAUUUGAAACAGCUGAAACACUGGGUUUGUCCCUUAAAAGAUGGAUAUUGUGCCAUGAAAUUGAGGAGUUGGUGAAUUUCCCCAUUCUAAUUACAAAGGAGCUUUCCUCAAACACUCUUUAACUUCUAGUUUUUGUAAAAGAAGUUCAUUUUUCUGAGUAAAAAGUAUUUGUAUAUCAGUUUGGGAAAAAUUAACUCAUUAAGAAUACUAUUAGAUGUUUACACUCUAAAAUUUAUAGACUGAUAUGUAACUUAAUCAGAUCAUCAAAACUGUCAUCUGAUAUCUUUUAUUUAGUUCUGCAAGACCAGUGCUUACCAACUAGUCUGGUCUCCCAUACCCAGGUUGGUAAUUCCACUUUGUUUUUCUGUUCAGUCUCCUGGUAGCAGGACUUGAGUUAUUGUAGUUGGAGACUGGGGAGGAAACGAGGAGAAAAUGCUCUUGUUUAGUGUUUUGGUUCCUGUAGUAGGAUGCUGCCUAAUUCAGUCAUCUCCAUGUCCUGUCAACUUUAUUUCAGUCCCAGGUAGCAAAGAAAAUAGAACAAAUGAGCAUCAUGAAAGCCAAUUUGAAAGUAUAUUGUUGUCAGAUUUCUUGUCAAGAUGUCUUGGAUUGCACUUUCAGUGAGGGGAGACAGUGUAAAUAGUUGAAGAAUGUUGAUAAAAUUGAAACCUUUGGUUAUGGGGAAUUGUGUGUGGCAAUGGAGGGUUUCUGUUUGUGUAAAUGUAUGUAUUAAAAAGAAUAAAAUUUCAGAAACUGA